AUGCCCAAUCUUGAAGUACUCAAACUGUAUAAUAAUGCCUUUGAAGGGCCAAAAUGGGAGCCAACCAGUGGAGAAUUUUGCAAACUAAAAUUUCUGCUACUUCAGGAAUUAGAUCUAGUGCAAUGGACAGCUGAUCACACUCCCUUCCCAAGCCUUGAGCGCCUAAUUCUUAGGCAAUGUUUCAAAUUAGAGGAGAUCCCAUGUAGUAUUGGAUAUAUAACAACACUUCGAAUUAUUGACUUGGAUGAUGCUAGCACUUGUGCUGUGAAUUGGGCAAAGCAAAUACAAGAAGAACAAGAGAACUGGGGAAAUGAUAGCCUUAAAGUUCAUUUCUUUCACCAGUUCUGGUUAUUCCGUCUAAAGAAGGAGGUCCAGCUGGACCAACAGUUAAAGUUCUUGCAGAGAAAGGAAGUGGAAGCUAAAAUAUGUGGGUCAAAUGAUGACACACAGCUACUCGAGGCCAUAGCUCUGUUUAGCUCAAUGCUUAUAGUUGAUAAAAUCUCUUGGACUAAGGAACUAGCAUCUCGAACUGUUCUUCGACUCUUUGAGUUUCUUGAUAGAGAUGAUAACCCACAGCUUCAGCAUCAGGCAGCAUUGGCUAUAACAAGUAUUUCAAAUUAUUCAUCUGACGCCAUCAACAUCCUGAUUGAUCAUGGCACAACUUCCAUUUUCGUGAGCCUUCUUAGUUCUCCUAAGGAUGAUCUUCUUCAGCAGGCGCUUGAGGUGUUAGGAAAUUUUGCCAGUGACUCAGCAAAAUCUCGUGAUCUUGUCCUUAGUUAUGGAGUGUUAACACCCUUAUUGUCUCAAUUUAAUGAUAAAGCAAAACUAUCCAUCAUGAGGAAAGCAACGAGGACAUUGUCAAAACUUUGUCUUCAAGAGCCACCACCUCAGUUCGAGCAGGUGAAAUUUGCCCUCCGUCCUCUUGCUUAUCUGAUUCAUACAGGCGAUAAACAAGUCCUUAUAUGUGCAUGCUCGGCACUACUCGUUCUAACUGAUCGGGUGAAGGAUACAAUCCAAGUUUUGAUCGAUGCUGGUGUUUUCACUCAUUUGGUUGAGCUUAUACUAUAUCCUUCACCACUUCUUUUGAUUAGUGCCCUGUGUAUUGUUCGUAAUAUUAUUUCAGAAGUAGAUGAUAUCCAGAUUCAGGUUAUCAUUGAUAAAGGGGCUCUUCCUAGCCUGCUUAACUUGUUGACACAAAAUUAUACCAACAGUGUCAAGAAGGUUACUUGUUACAUAAUUUCAAGUAUCAUUGGGCGUACUAAGGAUCAUAUUGAGGUUUUGAUUGAGGCUGGUAAUAUUUCUCCUCUUCUCAAACUGCUUCAAAAUGCUGAUCAUUUCGUACAGGAAGAAGCUUGUAGGGUUUUUCUAGCAAUCUCAGAGGGAACUAAUGAGCAAAUAAAGUUCUUGGUGAACGAGGGUUGUAUAAAGCCAUUCUGCGAUCUUAUAGUUAGUCCCAACCAAGUGAUUAUCAUCACGUACUCUUUGUUAUUCCUUGAGAACAUUAUGAAAGUUGGAGAAGCCGAGAAGAACCAAGACAACACUGAAGAUAUGAAUGUCUUUGCUUGGAUGAUUAAAGAUGCUGGGGGUGUACAGAUAAUUAAGAACCUCCAGACUCAUGAUGACCCUAAAAUACGCCGGAUUGUCAAGAAGCUACUUGCAACAUAUUGGCAGGAAGAGGAUUAUAAUGAUGAGGAUGAUGAUGAAGAGGACUCUGAUGCGAAACCUAACAUCCCAUCAUGA